AGACGGUAUUUCCGUUUAAGCAAGGACCUAAAAGGCAUUCGUCUCGUUUCUAAAUAUCCACAGUAGACCCGUGACUAUGUUUAAUUUUUAAGUGGAUACAUACACAUAUUUAUCCCGGAAUUAAAUCGGACGAAUGUGAUGAUAUUUGGGUAAAGAAAUAAAAAAGUAAGGUUAAAAAGGCAUCUUCGCGUUUAUUAUUUUUUUAGUCGGGAUGGUUGGUAGCUUUUAUCUCGGGUUUAACUUCACUUCCGUGUUUGUAGCUCUGUAAAACACAUCAGAAUUGGAUUUAUAUUCUAGACAUGAAGAGGAGGACUAAAGCCAUAAUGGGAACUUCAUACAGCGUCAACUCACCUUCGCCGAUACGGAGUUCUGGCGAACCUGUCAUCCCUCUUCCUUUGGACAUAUUGGAGGAAAUCUUCCUAAAUCUGCCUCCCCAAGAUGUGGUGUGUGUGUGUCGAUUAGUGUGCCGCCAGUGGAAAGAUGUGGCCGACAGCGAGUCUUUUUGGAGAGAGAGAAGUAGAAGAGAGGGAUAUUAUCUCCGUGAUCCUUCCAAAGUACCCAGCAACUGGAGGUUGUUUUACUUCUUGUGCAAGAAGAGGAGAAAUCUCAUAAAGAAUCCAAGAGCAGAAGACGAAUUCCGGGGUUGGAGAAUCCUGGAUAACGGUGGGGAUCAGUGGAAAAUAGAGGGAUGUAUGGUGCAACAUUCAAAUCCAGCAGUAAAGAAAAACUAUGUGACCUCCUAUGGACUCUGCAGAAAACAACAGUUGAUUAAUUUGAUGGAAGAAGGUUACAGCCCAUCAUUUAUGGAUGAGUUCCAGCCGCACAUAUGGAUAUCCGACUGGUAUGCACCCCGCUGGGAUUGUGGAAGCAUCUAUGAGAUUUGUGUGCAGUUACUAAAUGAUGAGCAAGACAUUCUCCAGGAAUUUCGUCCUGAGCCCAUUUCCUUUCCUCAGUGGAAUGAUCAGCAGUGGAAUCAAAUGGUGCAUGUCUUCAAGGACUAUGGACCAGGAGUGAGAUAUGUCCGUUUUAGGCAUGGUGGCAAAGACACACAGUUCUGGGCUGGAUGGUAUGGCAUUCGUGUAACAGAAAGCUGUGUUGAAGUUUGUCCAGCAUUGGACAGUUAGCUUAUUGAAGAGACUGUUUGGAAGACAGCUCUGAAUAUUUUUGAGUACUUGAGUUAGGAAAAAUCUUUACCUUAUGUCCUUCUAAACAUUUUUCCUUCAUUCUGUAAUGUUCUGACAAAAAACAUGUAAGUCAGGAAGAUUUUUAUUCUCAUAUUAUUUCCAGAUGCCAAAUGUUUAAUUAUUCUGUUAAAUUGCCCCUACACAUGCCUCAAAAUAAGUUUAAAUUGUACAAAGACGCUUUGUUAUGCUCAUGUUGAGUUAAUGUUUUAUAAUUUAGUGAAUUAAAAAGUCCGGCCUAACUUACUAAGACAACCAAUGCAAUAUAAAUCGUUGGAAUUUCUUCAUUCUGUUAAGGUAUCUAUCUUACCUGUUCUGGAAGACAACACCGCUAACUUAAUUCCUCUUCUAAACUAAUUUGCAUAUUUAUUCUUUACUGAUUGUUUCAUCUUAAAUGCGUUCAUCUGCUGCUACGUACAUGUUAGAUGAAUGUGUAGUCAUGUUAAGAUGCCUCCUAUGUAUGUGGUGUAAUGACUUAAUAAUAACCUCAAACUUUGCACUUUAUAUAUUUGCAUAUUCUUGGUUUGUAAAAAAAAAAAAAAAACUUCCUCAUUUUAUGCAGCCUAUCCCUUUAAAAUAUACUUUAAAUACUUAAAAUUCGGCUAUAAUUUGAAAUGAUAUAUCUAUUGUUAACAUAUUUCUGAUGUGAUGAAUAUUUUUACCACCUCCUUGUAAAACGUGGACCAUAGUAGGGUAAGAUGUCUACAAUGUUAACGUUAUUAUUUUUCUAACUUAUUCAUAAUUAAAUUUUUCAUGGCAACACUGUCUGACAAAUAUGAGAUAAAAGAUAAAAGCUUCCGAUUCAAUAAAUGUUUUGGCACAGA